AUGGAGCUGACGCUGGAGAAGGCCCACGUGCUGUGGCUGGCAAAGCAUCCGAAAGCACAUGAAGAGGCGUCCCCAGUGCCGGCGCACGUGCGGUUGACUGUCGUGUUGCCGCUGGCGCAAGAUCGGGACAAUGGGGUGUCGUUGCCAUGCAGCAUUUCGAUUUCAGCCGACGAGUUGACGACGGAGAACAAGACGUCGCUGUUGGACCAGCACGUGACGUUCGCGCUACUGGACGGUAGCGAUCGAGUGGCUACACACGUGAUGAAGAUGCGCGAGUGCAUUCCCGUGCUGUCGGAGGGGUCUGUCCACUGGACACAGCCAGUUGUGCACCGAAACGUGCACUACGAUGUAAAGAUACGCAUUCCAGUGAAGACGGACCGACGCCCCCGCGCGUUUGUCUCCCAUGCGCUCGCAGUCAAGAACACAGCGAGCAGCGUCGCACACCAGAUGUUGCUGCACAGGAACAAAGCAGCGGUUGGGCUGCUGCCAGUAGUCGUCUCCUGUGUCGUUGGCAUUGUCGGAACGUCUCCAGUAUGGCUACCGCUAACGCUGCUAGUAGGCAUGUUGGGCUUCCCCAUUUGGAUCGUCGUCGGUGUCGCAACGUCGCUGGCGACGCUCUUAUCUGCCGUUUUGGCUGUUGUGACUCUCAAGUUGGUGCAGUUGGAGCGCAUGAGAGGUGCGUUCCAGCACUUUUUGACCAGUCAACAGGGCCAGUUGCUGCUGUUCCAGGGUAUGCCUGGAGAAGAGUCUCUAUCGCCUGCAGCGCUGUCCGAACGCAUGAAGGAGUUUGUGCUGGACAGUCCGUCCCGCAAACUAGUGGCAAGUUUGGCCAUCGACUUCGUAGGAAACGCAACGUUUGUGGUCCCUGGCCUGGGUGAGCUAGCGGACUUGCUCUGGGCCCCCGUGUCGUCUAAAAUGGUGGACGUGCUCUACAAAGAGUCGUCGCCGCGUGCCAGAUACGUGGCCUUCUUGGAGGAAGUGCUGCCUUUCACGGACAUCAUCCCCACUGCUACGCUGGCCUGGAUGAUGGAGAACCUGAGAUCGUCCAAAGUGGAUUAA